AUCGAAGAAAAGAAGCCACAUUUCCCUAUCAAGCUGGUCUGCGGUUUGGUUUCGGUGUUCGUUCCGCUUCGUUGUUGAGGCGGACACCAGAGAAGCGGCGAGUCGCUGGCCACCUGACCCUGUGGAAAACAAGACUGCGGCUAAUGACACGAAGCUGGGGGCGAACUUUGUUGCUUGACUAGCUCGUUAGGGUCGCUUAUUCUCCUGGGAAGUGCCACUUAUUUCGUGUCGCCUUAUUCGGGCAGCACUACGUCCCCCGUUGCGCCCACGAUGCCAAGCGCCGGUGUAAUCCGCCCGAGGCAGGAGCCCGUAACGCCUGCGCUCUAACGUGCGGCCAGUGUGGCGCCGCGGCGGGGAUGAGCACCACCGACCUGGAGCGCAUGUCGCUCAGCUCCUCGGCCAACUCUGUGGCCUCGAGUGCGCGAACGCUCUCGGCCAACGUGAAGAAGCUUCACAACGCGCUCAACCUGCUGCUGAACGACUUCGAGAGGGAGCAGUUCAUCCACUGCCUCAAUGUCUACCACUCCAAGCGCAACGUCUACGACUUGGUGCAGACACUCAACGUCAUCCUCAACGCGCCCAGCAAACGACAACUUCUCCCCAUGCUGCGGCUUGUCAUCCCCCGGUCUGACCAGCUCCUCUUCGAGCAGUACACCUCGGAGGGCCUCUACCUGAAAUCGGAUUUAGUUGCGAGCAACGGCACCGCCGAGCCACCGCAGGGCCACUUCACCAGCGCCAACCCGACCCCCCCGGCUCACUACCUCCAGGACAACCCGUCCGAGUUCCAGGUGGCGUUGCGCGGCUCACCGGAUAGCUUCAGCGCCAGCAGCGACGGGACAGCUCCCCUAGUACCGCUACUCGGCAGGAACUUUAUCCACGAGCCUCCGGGUGAGCUGCGGCAGGUCACCAUGAAGCGGCACAAGAGCAACGAGGGCCUGGGUUUCAGUAUCCGUGGUGGGUCGGAGCACGGAGUGGGUAUCUACGUGUCACUGGUGGAAACGGGGAGCCUGGCGGAGAAGGAGGGUCUCCGGAUCGGGGACCAAAUCAUGAAAGUCAACGAUAAAGUCUUCGACAAAGUCUCCCAUGCUGAAGCAGUUAAGGUGCUGAAGGGCAAUAAAAAGCUGAGCCUUUCUGUACGCUCAGUGGGGAGGAUUCCAGGCGGCUAUGUCACCAACCACGUUUAUACAUGGGUUGACCCUCUGGGCCAUAGUGUGUCCCCUCCUCCUGACCUGCCUGAACAUAGCAGUGCCACCCUCAGAAGAAGUGACAGUCAGCGACGUAGCAACAUGCAGCUCCUGCAGGAGGGAGAUGAGAAGAAGGUCAACUUGGUUUUGGAUGAUGGCCGAUCCCUGGGCCUUAUGAUCCGAGGGGGAGCAGAAUACGCUUUGGGUAUUUACAUCACUGGAGUGGAUCACGGAUCAGCAGCAGAGUGUGGAGGGCUCAAGUCUCUGCCCAGUCAACCCUUGCAGUCUUGCCCCUCCACCAGUCCUUUCUGUUCCUUGCCCUCCUCGCAGGUUGGGGAUCAAAUUCUGGAAGUUAACGGGCGCAGUUUCUUGAACAUCCCGCACGAUGAAGCUGUCAGGGUACUGAAGUCGUCGCGGCACCUGAUGAUGACGGUGAAAGAUGUGGGCCGCCUGCCUCAUGCCAGGACAGUGGUUGGUGAGACCAAGUGGAUUGCCAGCUCCCAGAUUGCAGAGAGCUCCGCCAACAGCAGUAUGGCAGGCUUCUCUGUGGACCAAGGAGCCUCUGUCGCUGGAAAGUCUGGUUUUUAUAAGGGUAUGGCCGGAUCUCAGGUGACCUUAUCUAGCCUGGUGAACCAGUCCAGAGCUAUGCUAGAAGAGCAAGCCCGUCACCUUCUGACUGAGUCGGAGCGGCAAACUAUGGGCUACUACUUGGAAGAGUACCGGGACGGGCAUAUUGGCGUGGAGCAGCUGGUCAUGGCGUUAUUCGAGCUGCUCAACACAAAUGCAAAGUUCUCUCUGCUGUCAGAAGUGCGAGGCCUGGUCAUCCCGCAGGACCUGGAGCGUUUUGAUGGACUUGUGUUACGCCGUGAAAUUCAGGCUCUCAAAGCAAGACAGGGCACAGCAGGAGCGCCUACACUCCAACCGGAUUCUCUCUCCGUGGUGUCAUACCCUGACACUCUGACCUCGUCUUCAGCCAGCUUCAUGACUAACACCACUUUGAGCUCCGCCCGGGACGACAGUGUGGUGGAUAUUAAUCAGCAGGAUCCCUUGGAAAGUCUGAACACACUGCUGGCUGACAUCUCUCUGGAUGACGUACAGUCCACCACAGCUGACUCUCCCCCUUCCUUCAGGCCUCCACCCCCAUCAGGGGUGCAGAGGCGCAAGAGUAGACGAGACCAGCUCAACAAAUGCCCCUCGUCCGAAUCCACACACUCGGGCUUGCACUUCACAGCCCCCACUCGCCCUAACCACAACAAAAAGCCAGGUCACACCCCCUCAUCACCCUCUGUACCUCGCAAACAAGAUCCUCCAUUGUUGCCUACUCGGGACUAUGCGGCCAUCCGAAAGAAAGAACUCUUGGCACCUUCCAGGAGAGAACACAAAACACCCACUCAAUUGUCCAAGGUUGCUCAACAGAGUAUUGGCCCUUUUCCACGCGUCCAGUCCCCAAGCAGGGGCGCCAAACUUGCUGACGCAUCUCCUUCACCGCCACCUCCGCCCCCACUACCCGCACCUCCUCCACCUCUUUCUCUUCCCCUUAAACCAGCUGCCAUGUCCAAAGCCUCCUCUCCAGGCUUUAAGCAACAGUUUGUCACAGUGGAGGUUCACAGGCCCAACGCAGAGCCCGACGUCAAUGAGGUGCGGCCGCUGCCCCAAGCUAGAGGUGGCGCCCUGUCUCAGCUGUCAGACAGUGGCCAGACUCUCAGUGAGGACAGCGGUGUGGACAUAGCUGAGUCAGGACACAUCACCAAAGACAGCAGCUCCCAUUCCUCAUGCACACGACACCCUCAAGGCACCCAGGGGGGUGGGGGGGACAACCCCACCAAACCGCCAGGGCUGUUGGAGCCCACCUCUACCCUGGUGAGGGUGGCAAAGAGUGCAAGUACAUUGGGCAUCGCCAUUGAAGGAGGAGCCAACACCCGACAGCCAUUACCACGAAUUGUCACAAUACAACGGGGCGGUUCAGCUCACAACUGUGGUCAGCUGAAGGUGGGUCAGGUGAUCCUGGAAGUAAACGGGGUUUCCCUGAGGGGCCGUGAGCACAAGGACGCCGCACGCCUCAUCGCUGAGGCCUUCAAGACCAAAGAGAGGGACCAUGUGGACUUUCUAGUGACGGAGUUCAAUGUAGCACUAUAGCUGAGUGGGAGAGGAGAGAAACAAGCAGGGAUUCAAGGACAAAAGGGGAAGAGGACAUUUUCAUUUUUAAAUGGCACAACUCUUUAGCGGUGGACUCAAAGGAAACGCCACCUCAUCUGUUACAUAAUUUAUACCAUGGACCUGUUUGCGAUUCUUUUCAACGUGUUACCUCUCCGCUGUGAGAACGUAUGCACUACAGUAGAAUAUAGCGACGCCUAUGUAACCUUUAUUUUGCUCUCUUGAUUUUGAAAUCAAUGGAGUGGCCUCGAUUUAAAAUCUACUGGAACUUCUUGCACUUGUCCAAGAUACCACAGGCAGUUUAUUUCGUUAGUUCUUGGCUACUGCACCUGAUAAGACUGGUCCUCCUCGGUUUUCCUAGUUUGAAUUUAUAUAUGGACAGAUGAAUAAAUAUAGAUGUAUAUACUCUAUACUGUACAAACUAUAAGAUCUCUAUAUGAAAUAUAAACCUAUGGAGAGUUUCAUCCACAAAUACACAUUUUAAAAAAUAUGAAUCUGAGCAGCUCACAUUUGUCAGAAAAUGUUGUCUGUUUUCUUAAUUUAAGUAUCAAAUGAAUGACCAUUGUUCAAUCUGCCAUUGCAUUAUUCUGCGUAGGGUUACAGGAAGCCGCAUGGUGGGAGGGAGCUGAAGAGAUCCUCUGCAAGCACAGGGGGGGGACGUGCAAAUGCCACAAACAACCAGCAGUGUGAAUCCAAAACUCUCGUUGGAGGCGACAGAGCUAAACACUAGCCAUAGUUCCACACUGAUGACGUACUGUAUUUUCUGUCUCAGCACAGCCAGACUAAGAAUCUCCCUAUUGCAAAUUUAGACACGGGUUCAUUAUGAGUUAACGAAAGUACGUCAUUGAAAUCACUUUUUCAUGAUCGCACCUGACAGCAUAUAAACACAUAACAGUACAGCGUAUAAUUAAGAUACAUAGAAAACCUGUAUGUGAACAUGCGCUCAGUUGAGGAUAACAUGCCAAAGCGUUUCACUCGGACCACUCAAUUUUCUUCUCGCUGCUCAUCCUACCAAACAAUUCUAUUUAAUAAUUUCCAAGUUAAUUGAUUAAACUCCCCAGGGAGCAUGAUGAAGCCUUGUACAGUGCAACAACUCAGGAGGGGGAGUCAUAAGAAUUUAGAAGACAGCACUGCCAAAGCGCUAAAGUAGUCCUCACUCUUGACACCCUUUCUCUCCAAUUAUAGAGAAAAGCAAUUCAGAGCUAGGACAUCAGGUGGUGUUAGAGAGACUGAGUGUGAAUAGAGAACAGGAACUAAAGAGUACAUCUCUAAUGAUUAAACAAGAUGUAAUUGUUAUUGUUGAAGUAUAUUUAGUGAAAGCAUCACAUCUUGUCAUGAACCGAACAGAGGACAGGACCCAAAAUGCACGACUCCAAUACAAAUGGACAGUUUCACAAAAGAGAGGUUUAAUAAACGAGCAGAGGUCGGUACACAGGCAGACAAUCCGAAAAGGCAACGAUAUCCAAAAAACAUGAGACAAAAAGGCAAGGUCAAUAAUCGGAACAGGAUCAGCCGCCUCACCAUGAAGACAUGGCCCCCAUCCACGAAACGGGGGGGAGGAGGGGGCCUGGAAGGCGGAACCAGAGGGGACUCCCGGGCGGGCUUGAGCAGGCUGACGUGAAAUGCAGGGUAGACCCGCAUCGACCUUGGAAGCCUAAGCUUCAGGGUGUCAGGGUUGAUGACCUUUGUGAUGGGGAAGGGCCCAACGAACCUAGGAGCGAGCUUCCUGGACUCCACCCGGAGUGGAAUAUGUUUGGUGGAGAACCGAACUCGCUGACCCACUUUGUAGUUCGGGGCCGGUGUCCUCCUACGGUCAGCUGUGGUUCUGUAGGGCCGUCCUUGGCGUAGCUGCAUCUGCCGGGCUCGCUCCCAGGUCCUCGUGUUGCGUCUCACCAAGGUCAAUGCAGCUGGAACCGUGGACUCUGGGGCUAUGGCAGGAAACAGAGAUGUUUGGUAACCGUGCACAAUGUGAAAAGGCGAUAGACCAGUGGAUGCAGAGGGGAGAGAAUUGUGAUAGAACUCGACCCAAACCAGUUUCUGAGACCAGGAUUGUGGCUCCUGGGUAGCGAGACAUCGGAGCCCAGUCUCCAUGUUUUGGUUCAGCCUCUCGGUCUGUCCGUUGGUUUCAGGAUGAAACCCAGAUGACAGACUGACGGUAACACCUAUUAGACUGCAAAACUCCUUCCAAAAUCGUGAAAUGAAUUGGGGGCCCCUAUCAGAUACCACAUUCUUGGGGAAACCAUGAAACUGGAAUACCUGGUUUAUCAUCAACUCGGCAGUGUCUUUAGCUGAGGGGAGUUUCGGAAGUGCAAUGAAGUGUGCCAUCUUAGAGAACCUGUCAACAACUGUGAGAAUGGUGGUAUUUCCUUUAGAGGCUGGUAAUCCCGUCACAAAAGUCUAUGGCGAUGUCUGACCAAGGACGUUGUGGUAUUGGCAGGGGUCGCAACUCCCCAGAAGGACGUUUAUGAGAGGGCUUGUUAGCAGCACAUACCUGGCAAGCAUUGACAUAAUUGAUAACGUCCCUUCUAACAUUGGGCCACCAAAAGCGCUGUUCGACCACCGAUUGCGUUUUGGCAAUGCCUGGGUGACAUACAGUCCGGUUAGUGUGAGCCCAGUGGAUGACUCUUCCCCUUAAGGUUGGAACCACAAAGCCUGUUUUCAGGGCAAUCUUCAGGGCUAAGAGUGUUAUUCAGAGCCUCUUUCACCACAGUUUCAACAUACCAAACAAAAGCAGAAAUAAAACAUGACUUGGGCAAAAUAGUUUUAGGGUCAGACAAAGAAUUCUCUUCGCAGAAAAUGCGUGACAAAGCAUCUGGCUUAACAUUUUCAGAACCAGGUCGGUAGGAUAACAUGAAAUUAAAUCUCGAGAAGAAUAGAGCCCAUCUAGCCUGCCUAGCAUUUAAUCUUUUAUCAGAUUUAAGAUACUCAAGGGCCAUACUAAAAACAGAGUCUGUGUCCCCUCUAGCCAGUGCCUCCACUCCACCAAAGCCACCUGACCGCCAGUAGAUCACGGUCACCUAUGUCAUAAUUUCGCUCGACUGGAGUCAGUUUUUCAGAGAGAGAGCACAAGGACGUAACUUACCAUCCUUGAGACAUUUCUGGGAGAGCACUGCUCCUAUACCGGCAUCAGAUGAAUCAACUUCUACAAUGAACUGCUGUUUGGGAUCUGGCAAAGUGAGGAUGGGAGCGGAGGUAAAGCUCGAUUUUAGUUUCUGUAAAGCUGACUGACAAACCAGGUUCCACACAAAGGG